UAUAGCCCAGACAGCGUGGCUGGAGCAGACGGAGACAUUGACCCCACUGAAAUCGCCUUCCCAGGAUGUUCUUGUCGUACCAGCUCCUGUGUGGUUCACACGUGCUCGUGUCUUUGCCGUGGUGAAAAUUACAACAGUUUGUGCCUCAGGCCUACAGCCGAAGAGGAGGAGUACGCCAGGCCCAUUUUUGAGUGCAAUGCCAUGUGCCAGUGUGGUGAAUCCUGUCAAAACAGGGUUGUUCAGAGGGGUUUGCAAUUCAGACUUGAGGUGUUCAAGACUGAGAAGAAAGGGUGGGGUCUUCGCACUCUGGAAUUCAUAGCUAAAGGAAGAUUUGUUUGUGAAUAUGCUGGUGAAGUUUUAGGCUUUAAUGAGGCACGUAGAAGAAUUCAGGCCCAGACAUCAAAGGAUUCGAACUAUAUUAUAGCGGUGAGGGAGCACCUCCAUAACGGUCAGAUAAUGGAGACAUUUGUUGACCCUACAUACAUUGGUAACGUAGGCAGAUUCCUGAAUCAUUCUUGUGAACCAAAUUUAUUUAUGGUGCCAGUUCGAGUUGACUCAAUGGUGCCUAAACUGGCACUUUUUGCAGCCACUGAUAUUUCUGCUGGAGAGGAACUUUCCUAUGAUUAUUCUGGAAGAUUUCGUAAUUUACCAGUAACUAACAGAGAACAAAAAUCUUUAGAGGAAGGUAACAGAUUGAGAAAACCUUGCUACUGUGGUUCCCGCACAUGUGCUUCCUUCUUACCUUGGGACAGCUCCCUCUUUUCCAAACCAGAGACUUGUUCAGGGAGCUCUCUGUAG